CGGGCGGGGGAAGUGGUGACCGCGAGGUCUCCCGGGCGCGGGGCACCGGCCCUUCCCUGUAACCGCCGAGAUGCUCCGUCCGGGGCCCGCCCCGCGGGCCACAAUAUUUCUGGCCCUGGCGUCCGUCGGGCGGGCCCCGUUUCCACUCUCGGAGCCCCCUCGAGAAGCCCUGUCCCCGCUUCGUGGUUUCCGAUGGGCCCCAAGCCCCGACUGGGGCCCUCCCCAGCCCGGCGUCCGCUGUCCGCCUACUCCGGCCCGGGGUUCUUCCUUGCCGGGCCCCGGCCCCGCCCGAGAGUCUUCCUCCCGCGUCUGAGGACUCGGGGAACCCCGGGGUCUCCCCACCGGAUUCUCUUCCCAGGUCGUCCCAAGGGGCUGCUUCUGCGUCCCGGGGUGCCCGGGCCCCUCAGGGCCUGGUGACUCGGGGCCCUUUCCCUUCCCGGCGCCUCUCCGCCCGGCAGACGGUCACCAGCUCUCCAAACUCAGCCCGCGACCGCAGCCCCCAGCCUGAGCCGGGCCUUUCCCUCGCUUCUGGGUCCAGGGUCUUGGACUGCACUCUGAUAACUGUUGCUGCAUGUAUGGUUAUGCAGGUGCAUUUUGUGUAUUUGUCAGAGAAUCUUGUGCUUCUAGUAGCACCAGUGUGACUCACUGCUGACUCCUCCCCUGGGAAGUCCAGGGUACCAGGUGAUGGCGGCUUUGCACCUGUCUGCCCUGCCCCAGGGCCCACCCUGAGCCACACCUGGGCCUGCAGCAGCCCCUGUCAUUCCAGGCUGAGGUGACCUUUGAGGACGUGGCCGUGCUAUUCUCCCGGGAGGAGUGGGGCCGUCUGGGCCCUGCUCAGAGGGGCCUCUACAGGGACGUGAUGCUGGAGACCUACAGGAAUCUGGUCUCCCUGGGAGCUGGACCUGCAGGUCCCAAGCCUGGGGUGAUCACACAGUUGGAGCGAGGGGAUGAGCCGUGGGUCCUGGAUGCACAGGGCGCCAAGGGGAAAGAGCGACUGAGAGUCAGUAUCUCAGGUCGUGGGACCAGGACUGAGUACAAGGAGUUGUCUUCAGGGGAGAUGCUUGAUGAGGAAGAACUGGAUCAACUCCAGAGGGCUGUUCCCCAGGGACCUGAUCCUGGAGAGACCCAUGCAUGUGUCUGGGAGCCAGAGGAGAGCCUGGACAAGCUUGUGGAGCAGAGAGGCCUGAGGCCAGUCACAUUGACCAAUGAGGAUAGUGUCCAGGGGUCUGGGGGAAGCCUCAGGUUUCGGUCAAGCCCUAUCUCUGAUCAGAGACCUCACAAAUGCGAUAUAUGUGAACAAAGUUUUGAACAGAGAUCAUACCUUAAUAACCAUAAGCGAGUACACAGGUCAAAAAAGACAAAUACAGUCCAUGAUUCUGGGGAAUUCUUCCCUGCAAAUUUAGUUGUUAAAGACGAUCAGAAAAUUCCUCUUGGGAAAAAAUUGCAUUAUUGUGGUUACUGUGGGAAAGCCUUCAGGUACAGUGCUAACCUUGUCAAACACCAGCGGCUUCAUAGUGAAGAGAAGCCCUACAAGUGUGACGAGUGUGGGAAAGCCUUCAGCCAGAGCUGCGAGUUCAUCAAUCACCGAAGGAUGCACUCAGGGGAGAUCCCCUACCGAUGCGGUGAGUGCGGGAAGACAUUCAACCAGAGGCCCAACCUCAUGAAACAUCAGAGGAUUCACACCGGGGAGAAGCCGUAUAAGUGUGGUGAUUGUGGGAAACACUUCAGCGCCUAUUCGUCCCUUAUUUAUCACCAGAGAAUCCACACUGGAGAGAAACCCUAUAAGUGCAACGACUGUGGGAAAGCCUUCAGUGACGGCUCAAUCCUUAUCCGACAUCGUCGGACCCACACUGGGGAGAAGCCAUUUGAGUGUAAAGAAUGUGGCAAAGGCUUUACCCAAAGUUCUAACCUUAUCCAACAUCAAAGAAUUCACACUGGGGAGAAACCCUAUAAAUGUAAUGAAUGUGAGAAGGCCUUCAUCCAAAAAACCAAACUUGUUGAACAUCAGAGAAGCCACACUGGAGAGAAGCCCUAUGAAUGUAAUGACUGUGGCAAAGUCUUCAGCCAGAGCACACACCUUAUCCAGCAUCAGAGGAUCCACACAGGAGAGAAGCCGUACAAGUGCAGUGAGUGUGGGAAAGCCUUCCACAACAGUUCCAGACUCAUCCACCACCAAAGGUCGCACCAUGGAGAGAAGCCGUACAAAUGCAGCGAUUGCAAGAAAGCCUUUAGCCAGGGUACUUACCUCAUCCAGCACCGGAGGAUCCACACUGGAGAGAAGCCCUACAAGUGUAGCAAGUGUGGGAAGGCCUUCCGGCACAGUUCCAACAUGUGCCAGCAUCAGAGGAUUCACCUCCGGGAAGACUUCUCGAGGUGACCGUGGAGAAGGGCCCAUGAGUUCCACCGUGCAAUUCCUCCUUAUGACCCACCCCACCCCUUUAUUUAUUGUCCACACAGUGUUGUUACGGAUGAAGGGCAUUUCUAAUUAAAAACAAACAAACAAAACUCUUUUCUUAAACCAAAAGUAGUGCAUGUUCAUUUUGGAGAAAUUGAGACAGGUAAGCAAAAAGUAGUUCUCCCCCACUUAGAAAAAGAAUCCAUCACUGUUGAUUUAAUAUACGCUUCCUUUCACACAUAGUUAAGAGCAUUUUAAAAAAAGUACUGUGUGCUUGUCAUUGCAGGACAUAGGAUCUUUCGCCUUUGCUAUUUCCUCAAUCCUAGAAAACACUGGAAAGAAUUCUACAUAUUUACAUAUCUUUACAUGUUGUAAAUUUAAAAAAUUAACAGUAAUACUUUUCUGUGUGUCUUUAUAAUAGAGUUGAUAAUUGCCAUUUUUAUUGUGGUAAAAUAUACAUAAAAUUUACUAUUUUAACUAUUUUUAGGUGUAUAGUUCAGUGGCAUUAAAUACAUUUACAGUGUUGUAUAACCAUCACCACUGUUUUAUUAUCUGAAACAGAAAAUCUGUACCCAUUAAAAAUAACUCUCCUUUU